AUGGUUGGCAUCCCCACCAGAUCAGUCUCGUGCCUGACCUGCCGCCGCCGAAAGAAAAAGUGUGACAAGACUGCACCUACGUGCCUCAAGUGUGAAAAGGCCGGCCUAGAAUGUGAGGGGUAUACCGACGGCCUGGUCUGGGUCAACCGCACCGUGGACAAUCGCCCCAAGCUGCAAGUACGGUUAAGGCAGCAGCAGCAGCAGCCAGACUCGGCGCAUGGCCAGCAACUAGUUCUUCAUGAUGAUGACUCAAACACGAAUUCCUCCUCCAGCCCGGACGGCAGCAGCCCGGACUCGGACCGGGCCCGUCCGCCCGACAUCCUGCUGCCGGCGCACCUGGCCCGGUCCGCGCGCGAGCAGCUCUACAUGGGCUACUUUGGCUCGACGCUGCUCGCCGCGGGGACGACGAUCCCCUCGGACCAGGCCAUGAGCUUCGCCUCGAUGGGCUGGACCAAGCACAUUGGCCCGCUGUACGAGACGGACCCCGCGGUCCGGUCCGCCGCCAUGGCCACCUCGAGCGCCAUCAUCGCCACACUGCACAACGACAAGCAGCUGCAGGUCAAGGGCAUCCAGGCCUACAACAGCUCCGUGGUCGAAAUGGUCAAGGGGCUACAGCGGACUAAUUGGUAUAAGCGCGAUGGGUUGCUGACAGCGGCCCGCAUAAUGGCCACAUUUGAGUUGUUAUUUAUUUCGAAAGAUAAAGACACUCCUGAGCCUUUGGCUUGGCGAGGUCAUAACCAAGGGCAGCAAGCCAUCUUCUUGGCGCGUGGCCCCGCGGCGUUUGCUACAGGGCCAGCGCAUCAAUUAUACUCUGAUGCCCGCAUAAAUAUGGUCAUGCUUUCUAUGGGCCAACGGAAACGCUCCCCCUUUGCUAGCCCUGCAUGGGAUAAGAUCCCGUGGAAGAAGCACCCCAAAGCCGUCAAGGACGAGCUCAUAGACAUGAUGCAGGACGUGCCCGAGAUUCUCGAGUACAUUGACGAAUUCAAGACCUCUACCGACCCGCAUCGACGGCAGGAUCUCGAGAUGCUCAUCAUGAGCCGGUGCAACGCGGUGCGCGCCGACCUCGACGCCUGGGCUACCGACCGCGGCGAGUCCCUGCAGCGCUUCGACUGCUUUGCGAACAUCGGCCCCAUCGAGCCGCCGAAAAACGACGUCGAGUUUGCCUUUCACCACAUGACGACCAUCUACUGGUUCACGGCGGGCAUGCUAGCGUGCAUCAAGAGCUUCUUCACGUCUCGGUACGGCGAGGAGCGCAUACCGCAGCGACCACCAGGGUGGUACACGACCUACGGGGGCGCGGCCGCCGGCACGCCAGCCUCGUCGUCGUCGCCGGCGAAUAACUCCUCCUACGGCUACGACGACGACUCCCACUCGCCCGCCUCUGCUGUGUCGGCGUCGUCAACAACGACGACAGCACCCAGCGUGUCCGUGACGGAGCACUACCUGUGGGAGUCGGCCAUGUACGCGACGCGCGAGGUCUACGCCAUGGGCUUCUUCUUCAUGCCCGACGCGGGCGUUGCGCACUCGGCCGCGGGGCUCAUGUCGCUGGCCGUGAUGCUGCGCUACUACCUGCACCCGGCCGCGUUCUGCAUCCUGGGCAACGAGGUCGAGAUGGUGCAGGGCUUGUACAGCACUCCAAUCCUGGGCAUCCCCAUCGGCCAGCUGCUGCGGCGGAUUCUGGGCGGGCAUCUGCCGCCGCUGGUGGCCAACACGGACGGCCCUCGGAUGAGUCACGGCCUGGGAUGGUUCUGA